CGUCACUUUUCCCCGUGACGCUCCCAAAGACCCCCGACGCUCGCUCUCUCCAUUGCGAGCCAUGUAGCCGGUGAUUCCUCCCUCACCACCAUGGACAGCAUCGCAGUCAAGCCGCCCUCGGGCGCCGCGCUGGCGUCGCCCAAAGUCACCAAGAAUGCAAAGACUGCCGCCGUCACCGCGAAUAGCAUGGAAUCCAGCGUUGCCUUUGGGUGUGAACACGUCCGGGAGCUCUUCGAAGAGGCCAAGAAGGCCGCCACCAGAAAUUAUAUCCAGAUCCUCCAGACGAUUCACGACAAGCCUAGUAUAAUAGCACAAACCCACAGAUCUACUGCCAAUGCCGACGGCCGGUCCGUCGUCUCCCUCCGCCCUCUAUAUUUGUGUCUCCAAUGUCCGAACGUGAUGACCGAGGAGGUUCGAGACGGCCAUUUUGACGCCAAGGGGCAUGCCUUUUCUGUGGAAUCACGAGAAGGAUAUCUCUAUUGCCACCCAUGCGCCGAUUACGUCUACGACCCGGCUCUAGAAACGCUCCGGCUGCAGAAAGGCAAGAAGCGGAAACACGAAGAGAUGAACAGCCCGGACAACUCUCAGCUCAUUCGCCACAACUCUACCUUCGUUCCUUGCCGCGCCAUCGGGUUGCGAGGUCUCUAUAACAUGGGCCAGACCUGUUUCAUGAGCGUCAUCCUACAAACACUUCUACACAAUCCAUUUGUCCGAAAUUUUUAUCUUGCCGAGGGUCAUAAACCGGCCGACUGUGAAAAGGACGCAUGCGUGAGCUGCGCUAUGGACGAGAUAAUCAUCGAGUUCCACUCAGCGGAGAAGACAGAGGGAUAUGGAGCUGUCAGUAUGUUGCUUGGGAGCUGGAUGGCUGCACAGGCACUUGCAGGCUAUCAGCAACAAGACGCACAUGAAUACAUGCAAUUCAUCCUAAAUACGCUCCACCUCGAAAAUGGCGGCUCCACAGACUCCCAUGGCUCCGACUGCGGUUGUAUCAUCCACCAAACUUUUGCGGGUAUGCUGCAGAGUACCGUCACAUGCGACAAAUGCCGCAACGUCACAACAGCACUGGACCCCGUCAUGGACCUCAGUCUCGACCUACGUAGCCAAGCGAAGAAGCGAAAAUUACAACAAAGUGGCGACGGAGGCGACAAGGACUUUGCGAUCGAUAUCCGGGACUGUCUCGACAGGUUCACUGGGAGGGAGAGGCUAGCGGCGGCCGAAUACACAUGUGGGAAUUGCGGUGGCCAACAGCAAAAUGCAACGAAGCAGCUCAGUAUAAAGCGACUACCGCCGGUUCUUCCAAUACACCUAAAGCGCUUCGAACAUUCCAAAUCCUCGUCCUCGAAACUCGAAACCAAAAUCAAAUUCCCGCUCACGUUGGACAUGUACCCGUACACGACGCACUGCAAGACUACCGCUCCAACCACGAAAGCAUCCUUAAAAAACCCCUCUCUAUCGAAUCUCAAUUCCUCUCAAAAUAUCAAUUCUCCAUAUCCUUCUCUAUACUAUGAACUCUCCUCAGUUGUCGUUCACAAGGGCAAAAUCGACUCUGGACACUACGUUUCUUAUUCCCGGGAAGGGAACGACUGGUUUCUCUUCGACGAUUCCAAGGUCGUACUAGUCCCAGAAAGCGAAGUCUUAGCCGCGAAUGCAUAUCUUCUCUUCUACAUGGUUGGGGCAUUGGAAGUAUGAGAACCGUAAUAUUACUGGACGUAAAAGUCCGACAAGUCAGUUUGUGCUUGUAUGCUUUCCCUUGGCGUUAUGUUAUCUUUCUACCCUGGCUCCAGUUCAUCUACUCAAUUGGAUAUGGGUGGGCAUUUCCCUGGCGUUGGGCACUACGAUUGUCGAUUUCUAGCUUUAAACCUCAUCAAGGUGUGAGUUUGUUACAUUUCUUGCGAUUCGUGUUCCUUCACACAUGUCUUUGGUUAGUGGCAUUUCUGGCGGCAUUUGCACGCAUAUCUUGAUUCUCUCUACCUAUCUUUGUUGACGUUGGUGUUGCCGGAAUUGGAUGUGCUGGCUACGGCGCAUGAUCAUUAGGAAAGUCAUCUGGCUUCAGUUACUGGUUGGUAACGAAAGGCAGCUGGUGGCUGCAUUGUAUAUUUGCCGAGGGGACAGACGAAUAACAUCUACCUACGCAUUUGAACAAGGGUUCAUGUCUCAACUG